AUAUUAUUUACAGUUUUUACAAAUUUAAUUUAAGCAAUUUGUAUAAAUAUAAUCAUGAUCAAUUAGUUAAAAAGCCCGCCUUAACCUGUUUGAUAUUAUAGAAGAUUUUCUCACACGGUGGUUGGCCGGUUCUUGCACGCUCGGCUCGGGCGGAACGUGAUAAUUUUUCGUGCGUGCAGCUGGCGUUCAUUGAUUUAUAAGACGUUAUCACGCCUAAUAACAAACACUCUGCUAAUUAAAUAUGUAUCAAUGCUUUCGGUACACAUUUUACUAAUUAUGCAGACCUUUAAGUUGUCCUAUUUUCCCAACUCCUCUUCCUCAUCUCAGGAAAUUUAGAACGAUCCUACAGCAUUCCUGAUUGGUCUUGCAUCUUGCCAUUUCUGCCUCCUCUAUUUGCUGUUACUUUACUCUCCAUUCAAUCUAUUUCUGAGAGUAAAUUUUUUAUAUAUAUAUUUUUUUAUUUAUUAAAAAUUUAUUAAAGAUAAAUUAUUAUUAGAACGUGUCUUACAAGUAAAGGUUGCCAGUGUUACGAUAAUCAGUUAUGUUGUCACCUGCCUGUUAUUGCAGAAAGUAUUAGUAAAACCUAAUAUAAUAUAUGAUCGUUAAAUUUGAUUUUAUAAAAAAAAUGGUCAAUGUUGUUUUAAAAAUACUGUGAGUGGGAAAAGAGCUUCUUCCAAAGGAAUAUCCCAAUUAAUUAACUACAGUUUUAUUUACUAGUACUAUUUGAAAUAUCUGUCCACAGUUGACUGACUGAAGCUUCUUCAUCUUUCACUAUUAUUAAGGUCGUUAAAUAAUCUUAGUUACUGAUAUGUUAGUAUCCGUUUAUAUUCAGGCUUCCCCAGUCGUUUGAGUGGUAUGGAGUACCCAAGUGUUAAAUCAGGACAAAUGCUUGAAGAGUUAUCUCUUAAACUUUCUGCAUGACAAUUUCUCUUUAAAAAGUUAAAUGUGACGCUGCAAGCUCUUGAAUUAACCAUUUUUUAUUUUUUAUUCUCUCGUGUUAUCUUCACUUUAAGAAUAGUGGAACUUAUAAGAUUUCUGAAGUCUGCAAAUGAAUCUUUUAACGAAAAGUUGGUUUAUUUUAAUGAACAUAAGAUACUCAUGAAAAGUUCAAAUAAAAUGGAUUUUUUAUAUUUCAACAGGACAUAAAGACUUGUCAGAAAGACAAACUUAUUUACUGUAACCAACACAAUGUAACACUUAUCUGUGUCUGGUUUGUAGACAAACAACUAAGGAUUAUAUAGAAAAUCAGAAGUUAACCUCCAGCAAAACUGUUAGCUUAAAUGUAAUUUAUUUUUCAUAAACAUCUAGACAUUAUAUCUUUACCGAAUUAUCUUUUAAAUCACCACACAAUCACUGCAGUUAAUAACAAUGAUCUUGAGAUAUCAAAAUGAUUUACAUAUAGAGUUAUGAAGAUAGUUAUACACAUUAUUUUUUUGUAUAAUUUUUCAAAAACAGCGCAUUCAAGGUGUCUAGUGACCGGGAAAACCGGGAAAGCCGGGAAUUGUACGGAAAUUAUAACUGCCAGGAAAAAUCCGGGAAUUGUAACAGGAAUUUUUCAUAAAUCCGGGGAUAAAAACAAAGUUUUAUUAAAACGUGUUAUGCUGCAUUUCAUUUCUGGAUCAUCAUCGCUGACCAACAAAUACCGUUAAAAACUAUCAAUAAGUUUUAAGUGGGACGCGAGUCUUCACAGGUCCAUGUGGCGCCCGGAGACAGCGCGAUAGACUUGGCAACACUGCUUGUGUGACUCACCCACGCGAGCGCACGCACACACACCAGUUCACAAUCUCUCGUUCAGACGUCUGGCGCCGUCUAACAGCCAGGGGGGUGACAGUAGAUAGGACAAACUCAAUCCUUAAAAAUGAGAUCAUACCAUGUUUCACCAACAUCGGAAAAAAAAUUACAAUUUUUGAUCUCUUUAGUUUAUUACAUAUCCAGUUAUUAUAAUUACAUACGGCCAUCUUUGUAUUGUCUCGUGGUAAUAAUGGGAUUUGAAAGUAAAAGUAUAUAUUUUUUAAAUGUCACUGAAAACUAGAUGCUGCGUGGCAUAUUGCCGAAAACGAAAAUUAGAGCACGUUGGCCUGUCGUUCUCCAUAUUACCUGCUAGGGCUGCUACUGUAGUUUUUGAAGUUGAAAAUUAAAAAAAAAUUAAAAAUGGAAUGGAAAAUAAAUAUAAUAAACAGAAAUAAAAUUCAUUACUAAACGAUCAUUAGUUUCAAUCUGGCUGUAUAAUUAAUUUGGACUUUACUAGUGCAGAAAAAUAUUUUAUAAAUACAUACACUUGUUGAAUCAAUUGUAAGAUAGAUUGGUGGUCUUGUGGGUAAAGGCGUCAUGGCUUGAAAGUGACCAUUGAGAGUUCAUAUCUACCUUCAAUCAAUACAUUUUUUUUUCUAUUGCGGAAAUAGUUUAACGUCCCAUUAUAAGGACUAACAUAAAGCAAUUUUACAAUAUCAGUAGCCUUUAUCGAAAAAAAUAUAAAAUAUGACAACAACAAAGGUGCCAACAGUGCCAACUAUCACACGCUAAACCUUUCUCAGGUUGUAUCUGGCUGUAAUUUUUUCGUUGUCAAGUUGCAAAGAAAUGGUAUGAUCGCAAGGGUUUUGUUUACAAAUUUAAGCAAAUGAUCAUUACUAUGGGUGUGGCGCCUCUCCCUUUACUUACUCUAUGCUAACAGCAUUCUGCCGCCGUUUUCCGCUAUCCAGUGUUUGUGUUUCGUUGCAAUGCGUGUAUGUGGAUUAUUAAGUAUUUACAGUAAAACGGACUUGAAAUGGCUCGUCGGGUGAGAGGGAAAAUUUCGUUUCAAACGGAUUGGAAAGUAGAAUUCCCUUGGGUUGAAGACAUCAAGGAUGAUCGUCACUCUGCUAGGUGUGCAGUCUGUGGGACUACUUUUUCCAUUACUUCCAUGGGAAGAACAGCUCUUACAAGCCAUGCCAGUGGAAACAAGCAUAAGAAAAAUGUGAGUAGUGUAGAUAAGACAGCGCCAAUUCAAAUUUGGGCUACUACAUCUGCCCCUGAAACAUCUAAAGCAUCUGAACCUUCACCUUUACCAUCUUCAUCUGUAAUUCAACCUUCGUCAGCUGCUGUUAUUCCUGGUGCGAGUAUGAAUCUACCUGCUGAAGAUUCGUUAAUCCCGAAAUCUGCUUCUACAACCCGCUGUUUGGAUAAUUUUCUUCUUAAAGACGAUGUGACUCGUGCCGAAGCUUUGUGGUGUCUUGAAACGGUGAUGAAUCAUAACUCCUUACGCAGCGCUGCUAGUAGCGUAAACAUGUUCAAGCGAAUGUUUCCCAACGAUCGUGUUGCAAACAAUAUGAAACUUCAAAAAGAUAAAAUUUCAUAUGUCAUAGUUUAUGGACUUGCUCCUUAUUUUUAUGAUAAGUUGAAAAGUGUUUUGAAAGAGUGUGAACAUUUCGUGUUGGGUUUUGAUGAGAGUGUGAACAAAAUUGCACAGAAACAACAGAUGGACUUGUCUGUCAGAAUUUGGGACUCAAAUGUAAAUAAAGUUAUGUGUAGGUAUGUAACAUCCAUCUUUUUGAAUCACGCUACAGCUGAAGAUCUCUUACAAGCCAUGAAAACUGGCUUGGAAGGAUUUGACAUGAUGAAGAUUAUCCAAUUAUCAAUGGAUGGUCCUAACGUAAAUUUCAAAGUACUUAGGCUUUUACAGCAAGACAGCAGAUCUGACCCAGAAUCCCCACAGUUACUAGAUAUUGGUUCUUGUGGUUUACACACAGUGCACAAUGCCUUUAAUACAGGCAUCAAGAAAUCUGGUUGGGAGAUAAUUGAGUUUCUUAGAGCCCUUUACAAUUUGUUUAAAGAGGCUCCAAGUCGACGAGGAGACUAUACAGAGGCUUCAAACUCACACGUGUUUCCUUUGAGGGUUUGCUCAAUUCGUUGGAUUGAAAAUGGCAAAGUAGCGAGGAGAGCAAUGGAAAUAUUGCCACUUGUUGAAAAAUAUGUCAACAUAGUCAAAACCACAGCAAAGGAACCAUCUUGUAAUAGCUUUUCUGUUGUAUGUAAAGCCCUGCAAGACAAACUCCUGCAAGCGAAAAUAGCUUUCUUUGAGGCACUGGCAAGUGACGUUGAACCAUUUUUGGUAGAAUUCCAGUCUGAUUCUCCAAUGGCACCAUUUCUUUUCGAUAGUUUGACAUUUAUUGUAAUGACUGCUAUGAAUAGAAUUGUGAAAACCGAGAUUAUUGAGAAAACUCCUCUUCACAAAAUUGAUGUUUUCAAACAGAAUGCAGAUAAGACUUUUGUAAAUCUCAAGGAUGUGAAACAUGUUGAGCUUGGUUACAGUACCCGUGCAGCACUAAGGAAGUGUAAGAAUGCCUCUGAGAAAGAUAUUUUAAUUUUCAGAAAAGAGUGUCGGAAUGUCCUGCAAUUUUUUGUGAGUAACCUGUUGCUGAAGUCUCCUCUGAAGUAUUCUCUUACCAAGGCUCUUACUUUUUUGAACCCUUAUCAUAUUUCUUCCAAAGAUAGUUGUGUAAAACAACUUACUACUGCUCUUGACCACCUCCUUACGGCCAAUCUUCUGCCAGCUAGCACUGUUGAAAGGGCUGAUAGAGAGUACAGGUUUCUUUGCUCGCAAUCAAAUGUCAUUGAAGAAAUGAAAACCUACUCUAAGUCUGAAACUCGCUUGGAUACCUUCUGGGUGCAGCUUAUAGAAGGAAAGAAAGAAUAUGAGAACCUCUUUAAAGUAGUCAAACUACUUUUAAUUUUGUCUCACGGCAGUGCUAACAUCGAACGAGGAUUUUCAGUGAACAAAGAAAUUUUAGUCGAAAAUCUGAAAGAACUAUCACUCAUAGCCCAGCGUCGUAUUUUUGAUUUUGUUAGUAAUGAGCCGGGUGGACUGAUGAAGCUAGACAUUCCUAAAGCCAUGAUUCAUGCAGUGAGGAAUGCUUAUUCCAUGUACAGUGAGGCACUUGCAGAGCAGCAGUGUGCAAAUAAGAAAAUUUUCAAGCUAGCGGAAGAAAGAAAACGUGCAGCUACUGAGAUCAAACAGCUUGAGGCGAAGAAACUCAUGUUGCUUGAGGAUGUACAGCGUGCAGUAUCUGCCAUCGAUGAGAAGGUGAAAGAUCUUAAAAAAUAGUAUAGGGCUGUGUAUUGCAUGACACUAUACAGUUAAACUUCUCACAGUUUUGUACUAGUGUGACUAUGGACCAAACAAGCUGCAAGACAAUUACUAUCGAACCAGGACAAAUGAAAAAUUCCAAUGUUUUAAUAAUGAAUUUGAAGUUCCAACAUUUCCAGUGAGAAGGUAGGCCUGCAUAUGUCUUUGAUGUUUAUAGCAUCUUUAGAUGAUCAUUUUGUUAAAAUGCUUUUUCUCAUUACAUACAGUAGUAAUUUAGUAAUUUAUUGCAUUUGUUCAAUUUUGCAUGUACUAUCAUGAUUUUGGGGUAAAAUUUUAUCGCGUAUGAUUUACAUGUAUUCUUUUCAUUUUGGACAUGUACAGGAAUGUAGAGGAAUUGUACAGGAAAUUUUUCUGAUCAUUUCCCUAGACACCCUGGCAUUGUAAAUUUCCGUGUCUCAGAUCUACAUAAAUCAUACAUUACAUACGAACUAGUGGAAGUGCACAGCAGAAACAACUCCAGAUAUCUUCAGUAAUGCCUACUGUAACAAUUCAUGGACGUAAAUGCGGUGUCCAUUCCUGCCCACACAAAACUAUUUGUUUUAUUUUAAUGCAUUAGAGGUAUGUUGCAUUCAGAUUGCAGUGAAAUGUAUCACACGCAAUGUUUAUGAAGGAAUCCGCAAUGGCCUACGGUGGAGAGAUGUCCUUCAAGGAAAACGUGGUAAACAUAAAUAAGGAUGGCCGGACCGGAGAUCAAAGCCGGCUCCUCAGGAACGUAUUGCUAAGCCACUUCGCUCCGUGUAAGCUUGUUAGCAGGGGAGGUAGCUACCUACGUAAAGGGAUGCAAACACAGUCUGGAGGAAAGGGAAAGGAUUUUCUAACAAGGUGAGGCAGAAUUCGACUAACAAACAUCGGCUGCAAGUUCAUCAUGGAAAAAUAAAUAUAACAAAAAAAAACUCAUGGUCUAAAUUGCUUCGUAAGUAUGGUAUAAGACUUUCACGUUGGUGCUUAAUAAAGAGUAUAAGUUGAAAAACUAGGCAUCUAGAUUAAUUAAUCUUAAAUGAACAAAGUUGCACAACCAACGCAAAACUCUAGUAAAACAAUUUCACUGAAAUAAUAGGAUGUAAAAUCAUAUUAAAAAAAAUUAUGAUAAAUAGAAUGCUACUCCCAAGUAUUUCAAUAAAAUUAUUUUUAUGACAGUGACGAGUUCUGCGGUUUUUGUAGAACUUCAUACAGUAAAACAUCACUCCGAUGCUUAGAGAUAAAUCUUAAUUAUUGUUUUAUUUAUAAUGUACCAGUAUUAUAAAUAUAUACUAGCCUUAGGAAAAUAUUUUAGACCAUAAGUCGUGUGUAUAUUUUCGUCUCAUUUUUUUCCUGAUAAACCUGUAGCUGAAGUUUGUCGGUCAAAUUGUAACUCAGACUUUUAAGAGAUGUCAACCAAUUCUCUGCUUCAUGGGACGACCGGGCCUGGUUUAAUAUCAUUGAGAGGAGCCUGUAAUGAACCCGGCCUUGGAUUUUGGAAGGUGCGGAUAAUCGGAGAGUUUUUGAGUGGUAUGGAGUACCUCCCGAUUAUAUGGGAUUUUCAAAAUUAAAAAAAUAUCAACGAAAAAGUUUAGUUUAACGUAUUUCUAAUGUCUUGAAAUAAGUCUAAUGUCUUGAAAGUAGCAUUCAAUAUUUUGGCAAGGAAAAAGACAUGUGAGCGAGUCUUAUAGUAUUCGCUAUUCUCCGUUCACUCUUAGCUGAGUUUUGAAAUAAACAAACACCGUUGUAUCACUGCGCCGUGUCAGCAAGUGAUAGGCUGAAUUCAUCUUGCGCACCAAGCACUAGUUGCAACACACACACUUCAGUACAUUCGGUGCUAAUGAAAUAACAGAGAAGUAAUAUAACAGGAAAAUGGUGCCGUUACCAUUCAGGACACAAAAACAAACAAUGUUUAUUUUUUGAAUUUUCGAUAAAAUAGCAAUGUAACGUAAGACAACAAUAUGAUAGUGUUACGAUUUGGUACUCACCUAAUCACUAUCUGGCAGUGGUGCUAUCCCUUCCAGACUUGAAUCAGACCUACCACCACUAUCUUAGUCACCGAGAGGAACUAUAACACUGUCAACGACAAUAUCACUGAUACCAUCCAAUUCCCACAUUCUUUCCUCUUCUUUCAUUACGUGCUGAAUACAGUCGUUCCACUUCUCUGGAGUAAUCUGAGACAAAGCUGUGGCUACCAAAUCACGUACCUCGCUUAGCUUGAAUGUAAUUUGACUCCACACGAGUUCGAUUGGAUUCAAGUUGCAAUGAUACGGCGGUAGCCUAAGUACAGUACGCCCCGCUUUUUCUGUGAUGUUGUCAAUCACAUUUGCAGUAAAAGAUGAACGUCCUGUAUGAACUAAAUUCAGCGACUCCACUUUCACAGACGUUGCACUGAAGGAUAUAUUUUUUUACUGUAACCUCUCGAUAAUAUUUUGUUUUCUCCACGAAUGAUUUGGCACACUAUCACACUUUACACUGUGAUAGGAUGCAUUGUCCAUAACAACAACACUAAUUUUGGCAAUGUUUUUUCAAACCAAUCCCGGAAAACGUCACCAUUCAUCUCUUCAGGAUAAUCACCAGAUUUCUUUGACUGAAAAAUUAACUCACUGUUUUCCACAAAACCACUGUCGCUACCAAUAUGAAGCAAUAUAAGGCGCUGCCCCCUUACCUGUUGGAUUUUUUUAGUCCUGUAGACAGUUCUGAGAGAAAAGCUUCUCUCUUCUUCUUAACUGUAGAAUCUUUCCAAGACUUGUUUGUAGCAUGCCCUUCAUUCACCCACGUUUCAUCUAAAUAAUAUAUUUUGCGUCCUUGUUGUUGGUAACCAUGGAUUUUGCUUAAAUAAUUUCUUCGCCAUAGUGAAAUGUCGUCACUAUCAAUUAUGACAUUUGUUUAGUUUCUCUUUACGUACUGAUAACCAAUAAGUUUUAACAGUUUAUAAAAUGUUGUUCGUCUGAAAUUAGGAAGUUCAGAGUCGUCGUUAACAUACCGUAGCACUUUCUUCAGCGUAGGUGGUUCAUUUGCGAAGAAAAGACUAUGCACUUUACGCCAAAUAGCGUCUUCACAAAAUCACAAGUUUUGAUAACAGGAUACUUACGUUUCCUUUUCUUUCCGGGAGUUGUUAAUGUCCCAGUGUCCUGUAAUUCUUUCCUUGCGCGAAGCACACUGCUAUUCGAAACACCCUUAAAUUCCGCAGUUAAACUCGCGAUAUCGUUCACAUGACAAUCCGGAUAUUUGUCUGAAAAUGUUUUAAAACCAUUCAACACAAUAGUUUUCGGUGCACUUUUCAAAGGCUUUCCUGUUCUGUGCUUUACAAAACUCGGUCCGGCAUCAGCCAUAACAAACUGUGCCUGCGCGCAUCCGAAAUACAACUGUUGUGCCGGGCAUCAACUGUACACUGUACACACGGCGUCUGCUAACAUAAUUGUAAGUAAAUACUUGCUGACACAUUAAACUGUAUUGGGUAUUAAUGGUGAAACGCUAUAAUCCUAUAUAACAACAAUUGUUAUAAAAAAGGCAGUGUAAAAAUACUUACAAAUGGUACGUAACCAAGGGACUAUUUCUUGGUGCACGAAUAAUGUGCGCGGUGGCCGGCAGCCAAUGAAAAUGUUUGUUUUUUACAAGAGGCUUUGUUUAUUCCAAAACGCCGGUAAGUGUGUUCGGAGAAUAAUAAGCUUUAAUUGACAUACACUUUGAUAGUGGUUGCUUACUUUAAAAAAUACAACAAAAAAAUGUGUGAAAUAUUUUAAAUUGGGUUUUUGAAAAAAACAUAUAUAUAUAUUUUUAUUGUUACUAAAGUAGUUGUGCUGGUGCCAACCAUCAAUAUCUCCUCAAGUUACUAAGGCUGUUAUGAUGCACUCCCAGCUGCCACAUUGGCCGGGAGGUUUGUGUGUGGGCGACGGUGAGACUCUACCCCUUUAUGCCAGGUCCGUUUGUGUUGACUUUAUUCAACAGCAUCCUGGGGACCAUUACCAUCUUGUGCUCGCAGCAACCUAGGGCUCAGUACUUAGCUUUUAAUACGUUUGCUGGCACCUUUUCCAAGUAAUCCCAGUUGCAUGUCAUCCCUGUAUGCCAUCCCCACCAAGGCAGUAGACGUCUUGGCCACCUCGGGCCAGUGCGAGUGUGCUCAGCACCCUGCAUUGUCAAGGCCCGCCGGGUGCACAGACCACAUUCCUAACCUUCCCCCUCCAGCCAGCUUGCGAGCCACCACCAGCCACUGUGCCGAGGCGUGCGUGUUUGUGCGCUUCAUACCCUCCACCUCCUGCCGCUCACCGACAGUGACGGCAGAGUGCUGGUUUCAGAUGGAGACUUGUGUCCCGUGCAGUGGACGGUGCUACCCUCAUUACCAACCACCCAGACUCUCGAGGGCGUUGUGUAGAGCACCGUAUAGGGCUGGGCCGAUGCCGGUCACCGAUCACAAUAAUCGGCAUUGGUACCGAUCUGCAAACGCCGAUCAUUCCAUACUAAAUCAAAAUUAAUAAAUACUGAAUUAAGCUUAAAAAUUCGAAGUUGUACAAUCACGUAUCAACAAAAACACGAAUUUACAGUAUUAAUUUGCAUAUGGGUAUUUUUAAACCAUGCCAAACCAUUAUUUUACGUAGUUUUUAAUAAUUCACAAUAAAAACUUCGAUUUUUAUGAAAUAAUACCAAUUUUAACCUACGUCUGUUGCACUUACGAAACCACAGGCAUAGAAUAUUGUGUGUUGACCACAAAAUACAAAACAAAAUAUUCGCCUGCAGGUUAACCAACUUUCGUAUCCUCUAGGGUGUGUUCCAUUGCAUAUCAGUACGUGGAGGAACGAGCACAAAAAACUGUGAUACGUUCCAGUGAUAGUUCAAUAUUGGAACACAGUUUGGAUCACUGCUGGUAUUUAUAUAUGCCGUAGUGUGUUUAUCUAUGGUCAUAGUCCGAUUACGUUGUUGUCUAUUUUAGUGAUUCUUUAAACGUUUGUUGGUUACAAUGGCACAUAAAAGUAGUUUCAUGUGGAAAUAUUUUAAAUUGCCACAUAAAGACAUUGUAAAAGCAACGUGUUUGUUUUGCGGUGCGGGUAUAUCUCGUUGUGGUACAAACAGCAGGGGAUUUACAACCACAAAUUUAUCGAGGCAUCUCCGUUCAUUCCAUUACAAUAAAAUUUCGCCAAGUGAAAUUUCACCGUGUCCCGCUUUACCUUCAACCAGCAAAAGUAGCUCACCAGAAGUAAUUUCCGAGUCGACUACAUGCACCCCAACUGUAACCGCGAAGCAAGAAACCAUCGAUUCCAUGUUCCAAAAAAAAUCAAUGCUUGAAAUUUCACACCCUAGGCAUAUUAAAAUAACCAGACUUAUUGCAGAAAUGAUGUGUCUAGACAUCCAACUAUUCAGUAUUGUGGAAGAUAAAGGUAUUUAAAUUAAAUAAAUUGCAAUAAAACCAGUUUGUUAAAAAAAAUAGUUAAGUUUCGUGUAUAUGCCUUACUGAACUGUAUGUGUAUAUUAUUAAAUGAGUCUAUUCUGGCAUGAUUCUGCAUACAGUAAUCCAAUACAGUAAUUGUACCGUAUCACUUAUCCAAGUUUAGCCCUUGAUCCUGAUGGCAUUAUACUGUAAAUAUUGAUCCUGUGGUACAUGAUGCAUGCUAUUUUAAUUUAGUACAGCGAAAGAUCCUGGAUAUACGAAAAAAUCCUUUAUGUCAAAAUUUAUUAUGAUCGUAUGUUGAACAAUUAACAAAGAUUAUGUUUUAUUCGACAUAAGGUAAUUAUUGUUAUAUCAAACUUAUUGUUAUGUGCACAAUAUUUUGUUACACUAAAUUAAAACAGCAAGCGUCAUUGCCCACAGGAUCAAUAUUUACAGUAUAAUGCCAUCAGGAACAAGGGCUAAACUUGGAUACGUGAUACGGUACAAUUACUGUAUUUUUAUGCUAAAACACGUGGUCAGGCCUAUGCAUGAAACAUUUUUGGAGAAUAAAGUUGGAUUUAUUGUCAUCCAUUAACUACAUAACAAUUUCUUAAGGUACUAUCUUUAUUGUUCAAGGGUUUACCAAUUUGAUUGCUUACCUUGAGCCACGCUACAACCUUCCCAACCGAACAACAUUUUCAAGGAAAGUGAUCCCCGACCUCUACACGAAAGUGAGAGAAAAAACAAAGAAUCUACUUUCACAAGCUACAUCUGUCAGUUUAACAGUUGAUAUGUGGUCAUCUGUUGCAAAACAGGAUUACAUGUCUCUCACAGCUCAUUUUGUGGACACUGAAUGGGAAAGAAAGGAACUCUGUUUGUAAGUGGUCCCGUUUAUGCGCACACACCAUACUGCUGCCAAUUUGUUUACUUUUAUUUUGGAAGUUAUUGGUCAGUGGGGAAUUAGCAUUGAAAGCGUCCAUUGUAUUGUAAGUGAUAACGCAAGUAAUUUAGUUGCAGCUACUGACCUCAUGAAUGUUAAGAGGAUUCCCUGCACCGCACAUGCAAUGCGACUUGUGCUUAUCAAUGCUCUUUUUAAUUUGAGGCCUGUUAAUGAGCAAGGAGGGUGGUAGGACAUUUCAAACACUCUCUGGUUGCAAACAAGAAGUUGGCUCAAUUCCAAGAGGCAAACAAUCUCCCUAAACACCAUCUAGUCCAAGAUGAACCGACUAGAUGGGACAGUACAUAUCAUAUGUUGGAACGCUUAUACACUCAGAGAAAAGCUGUGAUGUUUCUGCUUCCAGAACUCAAACUCAACACUGACAUCUCUACAAGUAACUGGAUUCUGAUGGAAAAGACAAUCUCAGUAUUGGCAACCUUCAACUUAGUUACCCUGGUAGUCAGUAACAGUGAUACUACAAUUUCUGAAGUGAUACCAAUAGUGAAUGGGCUGAGACUGGAUUUGUCUAACAACACUGAAAAAAUCCUUGCUGAUGGUGUUAAGAGUAUAAUAAAUCAUUUAGAUAUGUACUACAAGGACAUUGAAGAAAAUCAACUGUAUGCAUUUGCUACCAUUCUUGAUCCAAGAUUUAAAAUCAGUGUAUUCAGAUCAAUGGAAUCAAGCCAAGCCAUGAAACAGAAAUUACUGGACGUUUUGGAAGCUGAACUGCAUGCAGAUACAAGUGAUAAUACUAUUACAGAAACAUCAGUAGAAGAGUCUGCAUCUUCAUCACCUGGACUACUGACUGGCAUAUACAAGAAAUUGAUCGCAGCAAAUACCGACGACACUGACACACAUUUGGCACCCUCACGAGAACUCGACCAGUACCUUUCUGAAUCACUGUCACCAACUGACUCAAAUCCAGUGGUUUACUGGAAACAUUUACAUCACCUACAGUUGAGGAAACUAGCACAAAAGUUUUUAUCUCCCCCAGGUGCAUCUGUCAUUUCAGAAAGACUAUUUAGCUCAGCAGGUUUGAUAAGUGGGAAAACAAGAAGCUCAUUACACCCUGAAAAGCUGAAAAUGCUUGUCUUCUUGAACAAGAAUUUGAAGUAUGUGAGUUCUGAACAUGAUAUGUAGAAUGUGAGGUGAUAUGUAGAAAUGUAAACCAACUAUAACUAAGUUUUUAAGUGUAACUAUGUGACAUAUCACAUAUCUUUUGUGCUUUUACAUGCUGCAAGAUCUGCAAUGCAUUAUUUAGACAAAAACUUAAUAUUUAUUUUGAAACUAACCCACAAAGAGUUGUCAAGUGUUAAUGUUUUGUGUGCAUUGGUUAACCAAGUAAAUCUUAAAUAUCAACACAUUAUACGUAUACUGUUCAUUUUCAAAACAAUUCAUCAAGAAUUACCAUGUGUGUCACUGAAUUUGUGUAUUACAUAUUGUGUUGCACUCUUAAUAUUGCAGUAGCAUUUAGUUAUUUAUUUGGAAAAUCUUUUGUAGAUAUUAUAAAGCACUUAUUUUCAAGACCUAUGAAAAGUGUUGUAUGGGUACUUUGGUUUGUGGGGUGGGAAGGUCUAGAAAUAGUAGAAAUAGUAGAAAUAGGAAAUACUUAGCUUACAUUAUAUUAUUGUUAAUUUUUAAAAACCAAUGAACAAAUUGUCUUCUGUCAGAAGUGUUAAAUAAAUGGUAAGUUAUCAUAAGGUAACUUUUUCAUUAAAUUUUUUUUUUUAGAUUUUUAUUAUUAACAUCAAACAAGCUAUAUAAUUCUUAAUUUGUCUGAUCGGCAAUGAUCGGCGCCGGUCAUCGGCUCAAAUAAUCGUUAUCGGAAUGAUCGGCAAAUUUAGUGAUCGGUCCAGCCCUAGUACCGUACAUACAGACACAGCGCUUGCAUUGAACCUGCAUAGUUUCUUGAAUCUAUAUCUGCUCUUUGUGAGCACAUGGAACGAUUAUGCAAGUCUGAAAAAAAAUUAAUAUAAGUUGAAAUAUGGUUCUAAGUAUUGUUUUUAUGUUUGUUGCAAGGCUUAUUCGGAUCCAAUAUCUUAUUACGAUUACGAGGCUUAUUCGAUAGUGCAGCUUAGGUAAUUCUUGUAAGUUUCUGUAAAAAAAAUAAACUCAAAACUCCAAAUAGAAUUUUUUCUUUUACUUUUUGACGUGUUUUACAAUCAUUUGCUAAGAGAGUGUUGUGAUAUACAGUAAGUGGUGAGGUUAGGUUACAUAUUAAAAAUACCGUCAUAUUGUAAAGAUGUUAAGUUAGCUACAUUAAACAUCCUGAAAUAUUGUUUGAACAGUUGGUUAGGAAACACCAAUGUAAUGUAGCUAACUUAAACUAACCAAACAUUCUUACUAUUUUAUAGUGUUUGUAAUGAAGCUAACCAAUCGUUAACAUAAUUUAAAAGUAAAUCUAAUGUAGGUAACCUAACUAACAAUUCUCCCAAUUUUACUCUUGUUUAAUGUACCUAACCUAACAUAAACACCUUUUAAAAUGGCCGUUACUGGUAAACUACUUGUAGUAUCACAAUGAAUGCCCUGUUAGAUAAUAAUUCGAUAACAUAUCAGAAAGUAUAAAAAAAAGAAUUUGGGAAUUUUUAUUAUAAUUUUUGCAGAAAAGUGGAUCUCUUAGAAUUACUGCUACAUUUCAUUUGGGUUACUUACAUAAUCUCAUAAUUUUUUUUUUACUCUUUGUAAGUUUUUUUCAUGAAUAAUAAACAAAUAGAAAUACAUAUCACAUUUUUUAUUUCCCUACCUUGAAUAAAAUUAAGUUAAAUCUUUGUUUGCUCAUUUGUCUGUUGAAUACUCGAGGUUGUGUGUAUGGCCACCCUGAAACGACACAAAAGCUACUCUGUUUCAGCGAUUAAAUGCACAAUGAAGACACUUCAAUGCAGAUUACCUGGUUAUCCUACUGAUUUCACGAAAGUAAAGUCUAUCUAGGUUAAAAUUGGUUAGUAGUAGCCUAUUUUAUAUAACACGUGUGAGUUCUUAAAGAAAUGGUGUUACUCAUCGUAGCUGUGUGUACAAAGUGAUGCUAGUGCUGUGUGCAGUGGAGGAUCCAGGGGCCAGUCUUCCCCCCCUACAUUAAUAUUGCUGACAAAAAUUAUUGUUUCUGAAACCAAUAAAAUAUUUUAAUAUAAUUAAUUAAUUACUUGUAUAAUCAUAAAACCUGGUUGUUGGAUGUUAUGUGUAGUGUGAGUAUAUUAAAUACAAAUUUAGUAAUUUUAAAAAAAUUUUUCUCUGACUACUUUGAAAUUCUAGAGUGCCCCCUCCGAGGUGAACCUCUGGAUCGGCCACUGGCUGUGUGUAGCAAGGAGCUGGAGUGUGUGUAGCAAGCGGCGUGCUUCAACGUGGGGUGACUGUGCAGAGCUGGAGUGUGUAUAGCAAGCAGCGUGCUACAACGUGGGGUGACUGCAGAGCUGGAGUGUGUAUAGCAAGCAGCG